GCACCCUUUGCAGAUCCGGGGCUCGCGGACGAGCUCCAGGCGCUUGCGGGCGCCCUCGGUGUUCCCGUCCCCGACGCGGCCGCGGGAGCUGCUGGAGCUGGAGGCGCCGCUGCGGCCCCCGUGGAGCCGGCGGCUGCGGGGCCAGGGGCCAGCGCUGCGCCGCCGCGUGCUGGUCCUGGGGGCGCUCCGGUCGAUCCGCUCGCCCCUGCCGCAGGCGCGGCGGGCGAGGAUCCGCGUGCCGCCGAGCUACGUGGACUCCUCCGCGCAGCCCGGGAGCGGAUGAACCUUGCAAGGCCCGCGCUGCCGCUGCCGCCAGGCGAGGUGCCUGCAGCCGCUCUCACGGGGCGGCUCCGCGAGGAGCUCGUCGGGCGCAUCCUGGCGGCCGCGGACACGGAGGGUGGAGGAGAUCCAGGGGCGGCCUUCUGGGCCGUUCCCGACGCGGCCGGGGAGGGCCGCCGUGGGGAGCGCGACCGAGGGCGUCCCCCGACGCACGUCGUAGCGGCCAGGUUCCCCGGGGUCCUCGCGCAGCAGGCUCUCCGGCGCAUGGAGGGCCACAUGCGCGGGGUGGCGGCGGAGGACCUCCUCGGGGGGGGCCUCCUCAACAACGUCAUCCGGGCCUACCUCGUCACGUCGUUCUUCGGCGCUCGCCCGGCCGGGGAGGCCGCCGUGGGCCUCCGGAAUCCGCGCGAGCUGAAGACCAUCGCGGCCAUCAUCGAGGCCAUCCUGCAGGGCAGGAUUCUGACGGCCCUCGACAUCGCCGUGCAGAGGUUCAAGGCGAUCGAGCUGUCCAUCGAAGAGGGCAACUGGACGAACGCGCGCUGGCUAGAGCUGAUCCCCGUGAACACCGUCGGGACGUACGACAGGGGGGACCUCCGGGACGCGCGGCGCGAGGAGGAGCAGGACAGGGCCCCGCUACUAGGCGCCGCUGUUGGUGCGGAGGAUCGCUCCGGACUCGGGGAAAAGCGCCGGCGGGGGCAUAAGGAGGCGGCGAAUGGGGAGAUCUGCGUCCACUCCGGGGUGCACAUCCUCGUCGGUGACCUCGGUUCGCGGACUUCGGCGGACGGAUCCGUGUACGUCGGAGGAGGCGUCCCGUCGCUCGGACUCCCGCGAUCGUACUGGGCCGAAUGGGGCGGUCACCCUGGGGCCGAAGCCCUUGAGCGGGAGGCGCUCCUCGGGCGAAGCCUCCGCGUUGGUUCACGGCUGGAGGCUGAGACGGCUAAGGCUCUCAUAGACCGCCUGGACCUUGGACGCGGCGCAAGCGAGCCAGUUCUCGACAUGCGAGGGGCGCGGCGCCGGUUAGCCGAGCAGCUCUCCACCGGGGCAUCGGUCGCGCAGCUUGGGGCCGUCCUCGUGGAGCACAUCGAGGGCAGACCCGGCGGCCUAGGUGAACUCAGCCGCCUUUGGCCGUGCGGCGCGUGGCAAGAUUUGGCCGGUCCCGGGGAGCUGCUGCUUGUGCCGCGGCCGACUCGCUCGACUGGCCUCGUUGCCGCGCUGGCGGCAAUCCGGAGCCGCCGCGGAGCCUCCCAGUCCCUUCCCCCCGUGAGCCGUGAGGUCGGGAUCGACGCCUGGGUCGAGUGGACCGCCCUGGUCACGAACUACGGGCUCCUGGGGGGCCCGCGCCUCCUCGCGAAGCUCCUCAAGUACCCAGCGGAGCCUUCUCCGGCACAGGUGCAAGCAUUGGCCCGUUUCCGGAGGUUCGCCACCAUCCUGGUAGACGAGGGGGACCCCGUCAACCUCGCCCCGUCCGCCGUCGUUGAACAGCGGGCGUCGGAGCUCUAUUGGGGAGAGCAGGUGACGCGCGCAUUCCCGCUCACGCUUGACGGCAUCUUGCCCGGGCUUCCCAGCCCCGAGGUUGCUGCCCAGCUGGAGCUCGCGGACUUGCUGAGUGGCCCUGCUCGCGAAGUUCUCCUCGACCCCAGCAUCCUCAGGCUCCCCGAGGACGAAGUCCAGGAGCCGCUCCCGAAAGCUCGCGUCCUCGUAGAGUCCAAGGCCGAGUACUACAAGAUAGUGGAGGCAUUGUGCAAGUUAGGCGUCAUGGAGGCCGAGGUCCCGGAGGAGACGUGGACGCAUCGAGGCGUCCCUGUCCGGAACGGGCUCUUUGGGGUCCACAAAUCCUGGAAACAAGUAGGUAAUCGUCAGCGUCGGGUACUUCGCCUCAUCGUGAACCUCGUGCCGACGAACGCGUUGCAGCGGCAUUAUGGGGGUGCUGCGAAGGCCAUGGGCUACCCGGGCCUUUGGCCCCUUCUUGUUCUGCACCCUGACGAGAUUCAGGUCCACUAUUCGGAGGAUCAGAGCGGGUGCUUCCACCUCUACGGGGUGCCGCGGGCCUGGAGGGGUGCUUUCGUCAUCGAGGAGGCCGUCCCUGGAGAGGUCCUCGGGCUCCCUGGCUCCGCCUGGGUGCGGCCGCGGUUGCGGACGUGCCCCAUGGGCUGGGUCAACGCCGUGGCGUUCAUCCAGGAGGCGCACGAGAACCUCGUCACCGGGAAGGCGCCGAGCGGGGCUGGCAUCUCAGCUGACCUCCUUGUCCGCAUGGGCCACCGUGCCCCCUCGAGCGCAGGUCUGCCCCGGAACUGGUUUUCCGUUUACGUAGAUAACUGGGGCCAGGGCAAGGUGGUCUUGGAGACGGAGGCGGAGCAGUACGUGUUCAAACCCAGCGGUGAGCAGCUCGCCGUCCGAGCUGCCUACGCUGCCGCCGGCGUCCGCCGGGCUCCGGAGAAGUCUGCCGAGGGGGCCAUCAAUUGGGAGACGCUCGGAGCGCAGCUGCGGGGGGCCGACAGGCUCGUCGGCACGUCGCCAUCGCGGCGCUCCUACUGUCUCGGGCGCGCGCUGGGCCACCUCACCGCAGAGCGCGUGCGCGAUGACGACCUCCUCUCGGACGUCGGGCGGAUCACCUUCAUGAUGCAGUUCGGCCGCGGCUACUUCUCUUUCCUCGGCCGGAUCUUCCGCGAGCUCUCGGUCGGGCGGCUGCCCGGGCCCCUCGGCGGGGACGCGGCGGACGAGUUGCUGGCAGUCGUUCUCGCCACGCCCCUCCUUUGGACAGACCUCGCCGCGCAGGUGUCCGGGGAAGUCGUGGCCACCGACGCCUCUGAGACGGGUGGAGGCGCAUGUGUCUCUGCUGGCCUUUCGCCCAAGGGGGUGGCCCGUCUCGGCGCGCUCCGCGCCGGCGCGCCCGCUUGCCCCUCCGACAUUCUCGUCGUCAGCGUGUUCGACGCCACGGGUGGGGCAGCGAUGGCCCUCGAUCUGCUGGGCAUCACGCCUUGCGGUAUUAUCGCCGUCGAGCCGUCGAAGGUCGCCCGCGGCGUGGUCCGCGCAGCCUGGCCGCAGGCCUUCUGCUACCCCGACGCCUCCGCCGUCACGCACGAGGAGGUUCUCAAGUGGAGUAGCUGGUAUCCCCAGGCCCGCCGGAUUCUCCAGUACAGCUGCGUGGCGCGGAUCGGCCCGGACUCGAAGGGGCCCAUCUCUCACCUCGAGGUGCCGCUGCGCAUCUCCGAGUCCUUGCGGCGGCACGCUGCUUGGGGCGUCGCGGACCUCAUCGAGUACGAGGCGACCAUCGCAGAGGCGGACGUGCAGGAGGUGAGCAGGCAGGUCGGCCACCAGCCAAUCCACGUGCAAGCUACUGCCGCCCUCCCCUGCGCCCGGGAGUCCUUCUUCUGGGUUCGCGGCUUCCGGCCGUGCGAGGCUUCCGAUUUCAGGCCCACAGGUUCGGAGCGUGGUAGGGCAUUCUGGACAUUCUCUUGCUCUCGUACGCCGGCCGUGCACGACUUCCUCGAGUCUGGGGCCAGGCGCGUCGUCAACGCAGAAACGCCUUUCCAGCCGUUCACGCCGCCGGCGCCGCGCCCCGCGCCAGGGCGGCAGCCAGAGCGUCCUGCGGAGGUUUCUGAGAAGGCGUGGAAGCGCUGCGUCCACGAUUUGUUCAGGCACCCCGCACACCACUACGAGGAUAAGAAUCUGGUCGCCGACCGCCAUGGCCCCCGGCGCUUGAAAGCUGAUGAACAGAUUCGCAUGCUGGGCUUCCGCUGGGGCCAUUUCCGGCCCGUCGAGCGCCUUUCCCCGAAAACCGGCCUCGAGGAUGCCAAGGCCGAGCUUGUCAGCAGCGCGUGCCCCAUUGUCAUCGCGCGGAUGGUGCGGGACUUCGUGCUCGUGGCGUCCUCGCCGCAGCCCCCGGAAGGCCUGCAGCGGGGUUGCAUUGACGAUCUUUGGACUACAUGGGCGAGGCUCGAUUCGGAGGCGCAGCGCGCUUCGACGCGCAAGUGGACCGAGGCGCACGGCGGCCCCGCCAUCUCGGCUGCUCCUGCGCCAGCGUCCGCAGCCACCGAUUCCAGGCUCGCGCCCGAGGCGGAGCUUGUCCAGGAAUUCAUCCGGCUUGCUGAUCACCGGGGGUCAGACAUCCGGCUUGACGCAGGCCUCCCCCAUCGCUUCGAUGCGUGGCCCCGGGCUCCUCUUGACGCAGGGCUAUGGACCCGGAGGGUUGCGCUGUCCUACGCGUUCCGGAACCAGCAACACAUCAACGUCUUGGAGGCUACUGCUGUCUUGGACUUCUUGCGCUCUCAUCUGAAGCUUCCCAAGCACCACGGGAAGCGCAAACUGUUCCUCUUGGACAGCCAGGCGGCCAUCGGAGCGCUCGCGAAAGGGCGGUCCUCAUCCAACAACCUCAACCAAGUGCUCCUCCGCAUUGCUGCCAUCAGCGGAUUUGCUAACUUCCGUGCCUUCUACGGGUGGGUGCCAAGCAAGGGCAACCCCGCAGACGGGCCAAGUCGGUGGAAGCGGCGGAGGUUGGAGCACCCCUGA